UUUUAGUUGGACAAAUUCAGGUAGAAGUUAAGUUGUAGAGAGUAGUGAAGAGGGAAACAGAGAGAUUGAUAGGUGUCAAAGCCAGAGAUACUCUCAUCAGCAAUACCAUACCACCUGUUCGUCUCCAAUUACUUCCGUGUUGCAGCACCGCACCGCUCCUCUUCCCUUUUAUUCUCCAUCUGCCGCUUCUCCACUCAUCACCAUGAUCUCUUCCUUCUAUGGCUUCCGAUUAUUCAUCCUCUCCUAUCACCCUUAACGACCUUAAUCCAAAGGUUUUGAAAUGCGCAUAUGCUAUCCGCGGAGAAAUUGUCACCCAUGCUCAGACAUUACAGCAAGACCUCACGGAGAAUCCAGGCUCUCAUCCCUUUAAUGAGAUCUUAUACUGCAAUAUUGGGAAUCCUCAUUCCCUGGGUCAGAAGCCUAUUUCUUUCUUUAGGGAGGUCCUUGCAUUAUGUGACCAUCCACUUCUUUUGGACAGAAGUGAAACAAAAGCUAUGUUCAGUGCGGAUUCUAUAGAACGAGCUAUCCAGAUCCUUGAUCAAAUUCCUUGUAGAGCAACAGGUGCAUACAGUCACAGUCAGGGUAUCAAAGGAUUACGUGAUAAAAUUGCAUCUGGUAUCGAAGUUCGUGAUGGUUUCCCUGCUGAUCCAAAUGAUAUCUUCUUGACUGAUGGUGCAAGCCCAGCAGUUCACAUGAUGAUGCAGUUGCUCAUCGGGUCAGAGAAUGAUGGAAUCCUCUGUCCCAUCCCCCAAUAUCCUCUUUAUUCUGCUUCAAUUACCCUCCAUGGUGGCACUCAUAUUUCUUAUUAUCUUGAUGAAGAAACAGGUUGGGCACUUGAGAUCUCAGAGCUUGAGAAUCAGCUAAAAACUGCAAGAUCCAGGGGUGUUAACGUUAAGGCUUUGGUUGUGAUCAAUCCAGGCAACCCAACUGGGCGGGUUCUUGCUGAGGCCAACCAACGGGAAAUUGUGGAAUUCUGCUGGAAAGAAGGCGUUGUUCUUCUGGCUGAUGAAGUGUAUCAGGAAAAUGUUUAUGCACCUGACAAGCAGUUCCACUCAUUUAAGAAAAUAUCCCGCUCUAUGGGAUUUGGAGAAAAGGACAUCUCUUUAGUUUCUUUUCACUCUGCCUCAAAAGGAUACUAUGGCGAGUGUGGAAAGCGAGGAGGCUACAUGGAGUUCACUGGAUUUAGUCCUGAGAUAAGGGAACAGAUAUACAAAGUGGCAUCUGUCAAUCUUUGUUCCAACAUUUCUGGUCAGAUUCUUGCAAGCCUCAUCAUGAGCCCUCCAAAGGUGGGCGAUGAGUCACACGAGUGUUUUUCUGCUGAGAAAGAAGCAAUACUCUCAUCAUUGGCAAGGCGUGCAAAGAUACUAGAAGACGCAUUCAAUAGUUUGGAGGGAGUCACAUGCUAUAAAGCAGAAGGUGCAUUGUAUUCAUUUCCACGUAUUAACUUACCUGACAAAGCAAUAAAAGCAGCAGAAGAAGCUAAAACUGCACCAGAUGCCUUUUAUGCUUGGCGUCUCCUUAAUGCCACUGGAAUUGUCGUUGUCUCAGGCUCUGGAUUUGGCCAGCGUCCUGGAACGUGGCAUUUUAGGUGCACUAUAUUACCGCAAGAAGAGAAGAUACCAGCUAUUGUAUCUCGUUUUACACAAUUCCAUAAGCAGUUCAUGGAUGAAUUUCGCGGCUAAAGUAUCUGGGCAUUCUAUUAUAAAGAAUUUUGAAUAAGAACAUCUGGUAAGCUUUGUUUUAUUUUUCAUCUUCACCAAAACAAAUCAUACUUACAGUAGUGAAAAGUGAAAACUGGUAGGAUUGUUUUUUAAAAAAAAUCUUAUUUGUAUUUGACCUGAUAUCUAUUUUUCUCCUCCUAGAUGAUCAAUGUGAUGUAAAUUUGUAACUAUUCUCUCAUCUACUUAAAUAAGUAAUUCCUCCUUGGCUCCUUGAAUAUGUUGCAUAUCUAAAUUCUAGUCUAGACGUGAAUAUAUAUGAAUUCCUUGGAGAAU